CUUUUGAAGCUCAACAAGCAUUUAUAUGUCUCUCUGUCAACAGCGACAAUGGUCCCACUGAUACUCUUACUAACUGUCAGGGCAGUGGUAGGAGUCGAUAUCAUCAACUACGACAGCGGCGGCCCGGGGCUCGCCUGGGCAAACAAUCUUUGGGUUCCUAUGGCAGGGUUUACUGGGGAUGGCACCCUCAUAUCUUCCUACUACAACUGGUCUCCUUAUCCCGUCAUUCCAACUUCGAGACAUUCUUCACUCUAUGACGUUCCCUUCACUUUUGUACCCAUGCUGUGGGGUUGCAAUUCCACUUACUUUGAGCCUUUUCUCGAGCAAGUAGCCAGUAACUUUUCCGACGUCAUUCUCACUCCCCAAAGGGCUAUCCUAGGCUUCAAUGAGCCCGAUCAAGCCGGGCAGGCGGAGUGCUCGCCCGAAGAGGCAGCGCAAACGUGGAUAGAGGUGAUAGAGCCCCUGAAAUCACAGGGAUAUCGGCUAGGGAGUCCUGCGGUUACAAGUGGAUAUUCGGGUAGAGAAUGGAUGGCCCAGUGGUAUGAAGCAUGUAAUGGUAGCUGUAAUCCAGACUUUACGGCCGUCCAUUGGUAUGAUUUAGUGGCCCAAAACUUCAUCGAGCAUAUUCAGUACUACCAUUCUACUUAUGGCAAGAACAUCUGGGUGACUGAAUUUGCACCUCAAAACUUCUCAGUUUAUAACACGACUACUGGCACAUAUGAUGGACAAGCCAUCUACACCGAGAUCCAACGAUUCAUGGACGUGGCCACCGCUUAUAUGAAGAGUGUGAGCUGGGUUGAACGAUGGUUUUGGUUCGGAGCAAUGUACGAUAUGCAAGGGGUUAACGCUUUAGAUACGUUGUUCGCCGAGAGCGGCAAGCAAGAACGCACAGGAGCAUUAAAUGAAUUAGGGGUGCAGUAUGCUGGAUCAAAUGGAAGCGUGCUUUUUUCGGAUCACAUUUCAUGGGCUUCUUCAAAAAUGAGCGAGAGGAGUUAUGGCAUACAAGAGCUAUUCAUCGUCGGGCUGAUAGUAAUGGUCAGCGUCAGAGUUUUGCAGCGCAUUUAGGAUCAUUUGCCGAUUCUAGACAAUAGAUUACUACCGUUAGACGCUACAUGUGAACGACAAUAAUGUAUAAUAGUUAUUUCUAUUGACAUCGUACCCAUUGCCUGUGUAUCGCAGUAGUUGUG